AGCUAGCCUACCUAGCAAAAUAUAGCACGCAGAACUAGGGAAUAGAAGAGGUAUAGGGUUACAGUAGCGCAUGAGAACACCGUAAAUUAAUGAUAAUAGGACUGGAGCCACUGGGUGUUCAGCAGGGUGAUUCACAGACCCCCUCUAUCUACAUCAUGGUACAACUAAAUCACGCUAUUGAAUAUCGCUGCUAGGCGCUAAUCAUAGGCUUGCCAAACAACAUUGGCAUAUUGCCGGGUUUUCGUUUGACUGAUUACGUUUGUACAAAAUGCGUGUAUUGGACUCGUCAGUUGUCGCUGCUGUUUACAUUUAUGUUGAUAAAAAAGCCAAUGUGUAUACUUGGGGAAGGCAGUGUAGGUGGCUAAUAUUAGCAUGUGUCCCUUUGGCGUGACGCUACUUUAAGUUAGGUCCCUAUUGCUGUUGGUCUUCAAUGUGAAACAGGAACAUUGUAUUGAUUCGAGCUGUGCCGAUUAGAAAGGGUAGUGGGUCGCCUGUGAGUUAAACGUAUAGUUUAUGUUGUGGUUUCCUCCGGGCAGGUGCCGUUGCGACAGAGUUGCAUCACCCAUCACCAUGCAGGUCUCCUGGUGUAGUAACUGUGCAGUGUUACAUUAUGUACAUUUGGUCAACACACAGCCUACUGUAUAGAAGAAGCAUACUGUAGAGAAGCAUACUGUAUUGAGACUUCCGGAACCACGUCCCUCCACUCUCAACCAGAAACAAAGAAAGAGUUUAAAUAAGGUUGAACUUUAGGUUCAUUUUUCCAAAGGGGAACAUUGUGAGACAAUUUUGGAAAUACAAUACCUUCAUUCUUCUUUUAUUCAUUCAUUUUUAUCUCAGUAUUUGCCCGAUUGUCCCUUCCGCUUACAGUGGUUCCCCUGAUAAAACGACUUCGGCAUACUGUAAGGUCAAUAUUGAACCGUUGUUAACCAUCUUUUGAGAAUGACAAAUAAUAACGAUAACGACAAUGGUAACUGAUUGACAGUUUGGUUCCUUUUCCCGCUGGGGUUGUGUAGUUGGUGAUGCAAUAACCCCAUUGGUUGUUGCCAUAAGGUUUGAACCCGCAGUCUUUACAAUACCUCUGUACUUGACACAUCAGACAUCACCCACAAAGGCAUUUACUUUUAACAAAGAAAGUUUAUUUGACUUGCUUUUGGAUCCAGACUCAGCUGCUGUACUACUGAUGUUGCUGCAGGUUUUGAUGGAGGACUAUCCUCAGGAAAGCUGUUUCAGUUUAGAAUGUAUUUAAUGCCAGGGAACGCUCUAGAUAUAGCGGUCAUGGAAUCUAUAGGGCCGGGAGAUGCAUUCAAGAUGGGGAUACUGGGUAGUGUUGAGAAGAGGUCCUUGGAUGCCCCGCGCCGCCUCUUCCCCGGGCGCGCCCCGCUCCCCCCCGAUGGCCGGCAGCUGACCCCGCCCGCCAGGAUGACGCUGCGCGAGCGGCUCAGACAGAAGAUCUCAGCGGCCUUCUACCACCAUGGGCUGCUGUGUGCCUCCUACCCCGUACCCAUCAUCCUCUUCACCUCCGCCAGCAUCCUCACCUGCUGCUACCCGUUGUUGCGGCUGCCGCUGCCGGGGACGGGCCCUGUGGAGUUCACCACCGCCGUCAGGGGCUAUGCCUCGCCUUCCCACAAUCCUCUGGGGGACCCUGUUGAACGGCCCGACUGGUACCGGGGUCCGCCGGUAGCCUACAUCCAGCAGGUCCUGGUGAAGGCAGCGGUGUCUCCGUGGGGCUCCAACCUGCUCCCGGUGGACGCCUUCCGCCCGCCGCUGGGACAGGUGUUCACCCUGCUGGAAGAGAUCAGGAACCAUGUCCACUCAGACAGCUCUGGGGUGCAGAGUCUGGAACACUUGUGUCUCCAAGUGACAGACCUGUUGCCGGGGUUACGGCGGAUGCAGACGGUCCUGCCGGAGCAUGGCUGUCUGCUGGUGUCCCCCGGCAACUAUUGGCAGAACCAGCAAGAGCUCUUCGACUCGGACCCUGACCUCCUGAAGACCGUCCAGAAGCACGAGCCCAAAGGCCUGCACACCUCGGCCACGCUGAGAGACCUGCUGUUCGGGGUCCCGGGGAAACACACUGGGGUCAGCCACUACAGCAAGAAGCGGGUGGUAACCUACACCAUCACCAUAGCCCUGAGCACCUACGAUGCAGGCUUCUUGGGGAGCCUGCGUGCGCGGCUAAAGCAGCUCCAUCCGUCGGCCAACUGCAGUCUGGGGGAGGAGCACAUGGUGCACGUCCACUUCAAGGAGGAGAUCGGCAUCGCCGAACUCAUCCCCCUCGUCACCACCUACAUCAUCCUGUUCGCCUACAUCUACUUCUCCACCCGUAAAAUCGACAUGGUCAAGUCCAAGUGGGGCCUGGCCCUGGCUGCCGUGGUAACGGUCCUCAGCUCCCUGCUCAUGUCUGUGGGGCUGUGCACGCUGUUUGGUCUGACACCCACGCUCAAUGGAGGGGAGAUCUUCCCUUACCUUGUGGUGGUCAUCGGUCUGGAGAAUGUGCUGGUGCUCACCAAGUCUGUGGUGUCUACCCCUGUUGACCUGGAGGUCAAACUACGCAUCGCUCAGGGUCUCAGUAAUGAAAGCUGGUCUAUCAUGAAGAACAUGGCUACUGAACUUUGCAUUAUUCUCAUUGGCUACUUCACACUGGUCCCGGCCAUUCAGGAGUUCUGUCUGUUCGCUGUGGUGGGCCUGGUGUCAGACUUCUUCCUGCAGAUGUUCUUCUUCACCACCGUGCUCUCUAUAGACAUCCGCCGCAUGGAGCUCGCCGACCUGAACCGCCGUCUCCCAGCCGAGGCGGGCCUCCCUCCCCCCAAGCCGGGCCCCCUGCGGCCCCGGGAGGCCCCCCCACCCCCGCGGCCCUCCCCCCACACCAUCACCCUGCAGACCCCCGCCUUCAGGAACCUGCGGCUGCCGAAGAGGCUUCGCGUGGUCUACUUCUUGGCUCGCACCCGCCUGGCCCAGCGCAUUAUCAUGGUGGGCACGGUGAUCUGGAUCGGUAUCCUGGUGUACACGGACCCAGCCGGCCUGCGCACCUACCUGGCCGCCCAGGUGUCGGAGCAGAGUCACCUGGGGGACCCCGGGGGCGGCGGGGGGCAGCCCCCUCACCUGGGCGGGAUGGCCCCGGUCUUCCCGGGGGGGGACCCCGCCAAGGCCCUCAGCGUGCUGCCGGCCCGCGAGGCCACGCCCUUACCCGAAAACCAGUCCCAGCGCCACCUAGCCCCGGGCCGGGUCCAGGAGCAGCCCAGGGGCCCCCCCGCCGCCACCCAGGUGCCCUGGGGGGCGGAGGACGAGGAGGGCUGGAGGAGGCUGUCCUUCAGGCACUGGCCCUCGCUCUUCAGCUACUACAACAUCACGCUGGCCAAGAGGUACAUCAGCAUCCUGCCCGUCAUCCCCGUCACGCUGCACCUCGGCCCCCAGGAGGCACCGGAGACCCCCCGCCACCCCCAGGACGCACGGCUCCCCCCAGACCCAAUCCCCAAGUUCUCCAGCCCGGACCUGCAGGCUGCCGACCUCACCCUGUACAAGGUAGCGGCUCUGGGCCUGGCUGCAGGCGUCCUCCUUGUCCUGCUGCUGUUCUGUCUCUACCGGGUUCUCUGUCCACGCAACUACGGCCAGAACGGCGUCUCCCACGGACGCCGUCGCCGCGGCGACCUGCCCUGCGACGACUACGGCUACUCGCCGCCAGUCAGCGAGAUCUCGCCGCUGCUGCUGAGGGGACACAGCAUGGACAUAGAGUGUCUGGCGAGUGACGGGAUGCUGCUGGCCAGCUGCUGUCUGGCGGGUCAGAUCCGUGUGUGGGACGCCCAGACCGGAGACUGCCUUACCGUCAUCCCCAACCACAAGCUGAGGCGCAGCAGCAGCAGUGGCUGCUGGGAGCAGCGGGGCGCCAGCUGGGACGGGGCGGGCGGCGCCUGCGACCCGGAGAGCCUGGGCUGCGAGGGUCGCGACCCCUGUGUGGGCGGGGACAGCGCGUCGGAGGACGAGGGCGGCGGCUUCCCGUUCCGCCGGCACGCGCCCCCCCUCCGCCCGCCCCUCUUCACGGACCAGCCGGACCUCACGCCCCUCAUCGACACCAACUUCGACUCCCGGCUGCCCCCGUCCUCCGUCCACGCCGCCCCGCCCCGUGGCGCCGCCUUCGACUACGGCGGCCUGGUGGAGCGCGCCUACACGGAGCACGAGCCCCCCUCGCCCGCCGCCUACCCCUCCCCUUCCUACUCCUCCUCCCCGCCCACGGCAGGCUUUGCCAACUGUAGGCGGAGCCCCGUGGAGGCCCCGGACCGGGGCUUCGCCUGCGGGCCCCCCCCCGCGGCGGAGUGGGAGGGCUCCGUCUGGGCCAUGGAGCUCCGGGGAAACCUGAUCGCCGCAGGCAGGAGCAGCGGCAAGCUACAGCUGUGGGAUGCAGUCGAAGGCUCGCUACGCUGCAGCAACGAGGAGGGAGCCUCUGGAAUAACAGCCCUGGCCUUCCUCAACAACAGGAUCGUGGCCGCCCGGCUGGAUGGGUCUCUGGACUUCUUCACCGUGGAGCUCAACAAACCUCCUGGGCUGCUGCAGUACAGAGGGGCCCCUGGGCGUGGCUCCAUGCCCCCCUCCCCGUGCUACAGCAGUGAUGACCUGAUCAGCUGUCAGCUGACCCGCUCGGUGCUGUGCGCCCACCAGAAGCCCAUCACCGUGCUGAGGGCCGCCGCGGGCCGCGUGGUCACCGGCAGCCAGGACCACACCGUCAGGGUUUACCGGCUGGAUGACUCCUGCUGCCUGUUCACCCUGCAGGGCCACUCCGGAGCCAUCACCGCCAUCUACAUAGACGAGACCAUGGUCUUGGCCAGUGGGGGGCAAGACGGCGCCAUCUGUCUGUGGGACGUCCUCACAGGAAGUCGCGUCAGCCAUGUGUAUGGUCACCGCGGCGACGUGACCUCCCUGGUCUGCACCAACACCUGCGUCAUCAGCUCGGGGCUGGACGACCUCAUCUGCAUCUGGGACCGAAGUACGGGCAUCAAGCUGUACUCCAUACAGCAGGAGGUGGGCUGCGGGGACAGUCUAGGGGUGAUCUCGGACUCCCUGCUGGUGACGGGGGGCCAGGGCUGCGUGUCCUUCUGGGACCUGAACUUCGGGGACCUGCUGCAGACGGUGUACCUGGGCCAGACCAGCGACGGCCAGGGCGUCCGCCAGCUGCUGGUGCUCGACAACGCGGCCAUCGUCUGCGACUUCGGCAGCGAGCUCAGCCUGGUGUACGUGCCCUCUGUGCUGGAGAAGCUGGACUGAGAGUGAGAGAGAGAGAGAGAGAGAGAGAGAGAGAGAGGGACACACGCACACAGACAAGACUGAUGGGGACGGAGCAAGAGGGACACCACAGACUCUUCUGGACUCCAUGCGUGUGUGUCAGAGGGGAGUGUCUUAUUGGAGGAGUCCGUAAAGGGUCUGCCACUGCAGCCUGGGGCCCCCCGUUGGCCAGGGGUUAGCCGUCGGGGCCCCCUGGGGAUGAGGCAAGGGGCGGGACUCGGGGCCCCUGCGGAGUUAGCCUUUGACCUUGUUGCUUGGAGGUCACGAGCGUCUUUUAAGGUUUGUUUUUUGUCGGAGCUGGCUGUUUUGAUGCUCUCCGCGGAAGACGUCAAAGGGGUGGCCAGCUUCUAUUUCUACGUUUCUAUUUUCUACGUUCUACGUGGACGCGGUUCUGCCCACUAUGCUGCUGAUAUGGGAGGGGCCUCACACCCCGCCUGGAGAGGAGAGGAAGACGAUGCUGUCGUUGUCUUGAAUACAUGUGUCGUUUAUUUCCUUGUGUUUAGUUUUUAUUGUUUUUGUCAGGCUGCCUAGCUUGUUAGCAUAGCUUAGCCCUAGCACACGGUCAGUGGAGGCCCAUUGGAACUGAGUGAAGCAGAUGCAUUUUUGUGCGCGUGUGUGAGAAAGGGGGAUCGAAAUAACCGAAAACACAGGCAGCAAUCAAUAAGAGAGGCACGCACACAAGUAACAAGAUUUAAUUACUGUAACAAAAGUUAUCUUCCCGAGUGGUGGGGGACUGUUUUUUAUAUGCAUAAAAUCUAUUUAUUAGUAAAGACAUUUUGAAUUCUUUAUAAAACGCUAAACCUCGUUCCAAGAAAUUAUCUCAGUAUAAUUUCUUUUUUUAGUGUAGGGCCGGGAGGUUAAUGAUAAAAUGUAAUGAUUGUUUUCUAAUACUGAACACAAGGUAGUGUUUCUGGGACUCUGAGGCGCGGCCUAGCUUAGUGCUGGAGAAUUAGCUUGAUGCUAAAGAAUCAGCCCAGUGUUGGAGUAGGCCUACUAACCUAGCGCUGAAGUACUAGCCUAGCACUGAAGCAUUAGUCUAGCAUUGAGACGCUAGCGUACCCUAGCGUUGAAGCACUAGCCCUAGACUAGCGCUUUAUGAGUUACUGAUCCUGAAUGAAACCACCUCCCGUUAUUACACCGCCGGCCCCCACACCAGGUGAAUAAUCACCGUGAGUUUACACUGUCCCCGCUGCACCGGGCCCCCGUGAGAUGUUUUUGACUCGCUGUUUACUGGACAUGUUUCAGCACUAAUGAAAUCAAGUCGUUUGGACCGCAAGUAUUUUAUUUUAUUAUUUUCGGGGGUUGAGGUGUGUAAUGGAAUUAGUAGUAGUGUGUUAGUAAAGUAGUCGAGUGUUGAUGUUUUUUUUUUUGUUUUUUUUCACAGUCCACUUUGACCUUAAAGCAUGGAGGUUUAUUACAUGAUUCAUUACACUGAUUCACUUGAGUUCCCAAGACAGCCCCACUCUAUAGACAAUCUCAUCUUUGAAAGUUUCCCAUGCCUAACCGUACACAGCACACUUCUCUAACCUGGGACCAGUGUUUAUUUACCUGCUGGUUUAGACUGCUCUCAUCCUUCCCCUUACUGGGAGAAAAAAUAGAUGGUGGUAAACAGUUUAAAAAUCAAUAUUUUAGGGUUUAGGGCUGCCAGGGAAUGUCUCUUCUUCUGCGGGGUAAAAGGCACACAGCACGACCAGAGUUUACACUUUACAGGCAAAAGGCCCAGCGACUAACCCAUGUUUACCUGCAGGUAUAUGUGCCUCGAUUGAUAAUGGGCCUCAACCUGUUCCGUAAGGUGACUUGGGCGGACCUUGUUAAACCAACCAUUCAGUCGCUGUCGUCCAAACUGGCUUUGGAGACACUGAUCUUAUAUGCACAUUGUGGGGCCGGUAGUUUUUAUGAUAUCAAUACCUUUUGAUGAUCAUUGAGUAAAACAUGUGGAUUGAAAUCUAGUUCCCUUGCUGGUGGAAGAGCUGGCCCUUGUUUGUUGGUGCAUUACUUGUUCUAUCUAGACCCUGUCUGCUCUGCUGUCAGUCAACCCCCAGUCCCAGGCAGCAAACCCCCUCUCAAAUCACUUUGAGAGAAAGAAGAAACCCCUCUGUUCACCUAGAUAAGGAUUAAUCUUGGGGUGGCGCUACAUUUAGUUUACAAAGUGGAUUGUGAAACAUAGUAUGAUAAGAAAGUGUGUGUGUGUGUGUGUGUGUGUGUGUGUGUGUGUGUGUGUGUGUGUGUCUGUGUCUGUGUCUGUGUGUGUGUGUGUGUGUGUGUGUGUGUGUGUGUGUUCCCAACCCGCCGUCAUGUGGUAAAUGUUUCACUGAUGCUUGUGAUACAUACACAGAAUGUAUUUCCUCUGUAGUGAGUAAGCCAUCAUCUAACCCUUAGCCAAUUGACCAUGUCGUGAAGACCGGCUUCGACCCCAGAAACUGUUUUUCAUUUACUGUAUCUUCCCGGCGCUUUAACCCAUGCACUAGGCCUAAUAAUGCCCCUAGAAGCUUGUGCUCACAUACAGACACUUUUAUCAAGGUGCUGACAUGAACACCAGUGAAAUUUAGUCAUGAAGCUAGGCUACCUGUAGCCCCUUAUCACUGGCACCCAGCUAAAUGGAGGUGCUCUGUUUUUAGUUUCUUUUUGAACAUUUUCAUUCUUGUCAAAAGGAAUAUUAUAUUGAUAUAGUGGUACGAGACUGAGACUGGAAUUUUGUUAUCGUCGUGUCGCGAUAAAAACUAAAUGAUGAUAUCUCAAUGUAUGCCGAUCGUUUAUAAGAAUGUGUGUUAGGGCCCUUAAAGAACAUCAGAUUAUCUAUAGCAAAAUGCUUAAACUAAGAAAAAUCUUUUUUUUUCUUAAAUCUUAAUAUCGCUCAGCUAGCAUCACACCGUCCCCCCAGCGACGGAACCUUCAGACUAUCGCAGCCCCGCCCACUGGUUCCCAUGGCAAUCCAGAGCUGCCUCCAUCAAUUGAGUGUUAAUUUAUUAGCGAUUUGGUUUGUCGUAUAAACCCGUAGGUGAGGAAGCUUUCAGGAUAUUUUCCUUUGUAUGUGAAAUUGGUUAUUCUGGACUGGGAAGAGAGACAAGGUGAUUUAAGGUAGAUUCACCCCCUUUUGGAGGAUAAAUUCCACAUGUAUACUAAUGCCACCAAAUCAAGGUAAACUAAACAAGCAGUCAGUCGGUUGUUUUUAUUGUUUCUGGAUGGAUUGAUCUAAAUGUACGGUACCUUGUAUCCAAUAAUACAAGCGUCUUAAUUACGAUCAAUAUUUUAGUUGUCCCCCGGGUGACCAUAUCAUCGCUAGGUUCAGCUCUGUUCCCGCUGCAACUGUACAGUUAAAUGGUUUUAUUUGUAUGGCUGAUUCACACAUGACCCUCUGCUCUGGCUGUCAAGACAGGAAGAUACAAUGAUCCAUCCUGGGUUUAAUGUUGCCGUGGAAACAAGCGAGAAAAGGCGGUUGGUUAAGCGAGAAGACAGGAAGGUAGUCGGUUCUACUGCAGCCCUCUCCUCAUACCUCUUCUUCUACUGUUUUGUAACCCAAGGUGAAACACUUUGUACUAAUUUUCAAAUAAAGAAGCUUUGAUACCACACGUUU